CUCAUUACAGAACACAUUGGAAGAUCUGUCUUGUGUGCUGUCUACCAACAAACAUGAAGUUUGUGGCUGUAAUCCUUGCUCUCUGUAUAAUUUCAGGCUGUCAUGGGCGCUUCAUGUUUCAGGAUGAACCGAAAAGCCGCUGGGAGGAGGCAGUGGAUCAGUUCUGGAACCAUGUGUCUGAGCUGACCUCUAGGGCUGAGGAAAUGAGGGACAACAUCAAGGCCUCUCAGCUCGGCAGAGAAUUAGACACACUGAUCUCAGACACCAUGAUGGAGCUGCAAAUAUACAAUGAUGACUUUCGGUCCAAGCUGGGCCCUUAUGCACAGGAGACUGCCCAAAGACUUAAUGAAGAUCUGCAACUGCUGGCCAGUAAGCUUCACACCCACAUGGAGGAAGCUAAAGAACGUGUCACUGAAUACACCCAGGAGCUCCGGAACAUGAUGGAGCAGAACGCUGAUGAUGUCAAGAACAGGGUCAACACUUAUGUCUGGAAACUAAGAAAACGCUUGAACAAGGAUGCACAAGAGAUCAACAAAAACAUUUUAACAUAUUUUGAGGAAGUUCGCUCUCGUGCUGCUCAGAGUGUGGAGGAGGUGAAGCAUCGUCUUGAACCUUAUUUUACUGCAGUACGUCAGCGUGCUGAAGAGAAACUAACAGCUCUGGGAGAACUGCUGAAAAGCCAGGGUGAAGGAAUUAAAGACAAACUGGUUUCACAAAUGCAGGACCUCAGAGAGCAGGUUGAGGAGACCACAGAGAAUCUGCAUACCACUCUUCAGGAAAAGGCAGAGGAGCUACAAAAUUGGUUUCAGCCCUAUGUCUCUAAAAUCCAGGAGCAACUGCAGUCUGUGUGGGAGACAUAUAAUACAAAUGCAUAAGCAUGAGGUGCCAUAGCAAAAGUAGUGGACUGACUUUCCAGCAUAGUUUUGCUCACAGAAAUAAAGGUAUUGGAAAUGUAAAGGUAAUAAGUGGAGAGUACCAUUAGUACUCAUCUAAGACAUAGGCUAUGUAAUUUAAAGCUCAAUAAAAACAGCCUGUACAAAUAA